AUGCUCCUGAGGCAGAUGCCUGCCUGGGUCUCCCAUUCCCUGACUGACCCAUGCCAAGCAGAAGAUGGCAGGCCCCCGGCCACCGGUGCCUUGAAGGACGGGCUGUCUCCAUGCCACCUGUUGACAGUGCGGGUCAUCCGGAUGAAAAAUGUCCGGCAGGCUGAUACGCUGAGCCAGACAGACUGUUUUGUGAGCCUCUGGCUGCCCACUGCCUCUCAGAAGAAGCUGAGGACUAGGACCAUCUCCAACUGCCCAAACCCAGAGUGGAAUGAAAGCUUCAACUUCCAGAUCCAGAGCCAAGUGAAGAACGUGCUAGAGUUGAGUGUGUGUGAUGAAGACACAGUGACACCAGAUGACCAUCUCUUGACAGUUCUCUAUGACCUCACCAAGCUCUGUUUCCGAAAGAAAACCCACGUGAAGUUUCCACUCAACCCACAGGGCAUGGAAGAGCUGGAGGUGGAAUUCCUGCUGGAGGAGAGCCCCUCUCCACCUGAGACCCUCGUCACCAAUGGCGUGCUGGUGGUAAUUGUCUUCCUGGGUUCCUGUUGCUCCAGAGGCCACAGCUGGCUGCUGCUCUCAGGGAAACAGAACCAAGGGAGAAAACACUGGGCCUAGCUUGCGAAGGACCUCCUGGUGAUGGUGAGCGAGUCCUUUGAGAACACCCAGCACGUCCAGCCCUGCUCAGACCCCUGCAGCCCAACCUCUGCCUGCUUCCACUACCCCAAGUACUUCCAGUCCCGGGUGCACGUGGAAGUGCCCAAGAGUCACUGGAGCUGUGGGCUUUGCUGCUGCGGCUCUCGCAAGAAUAGCCCCAUCAGCCAGCCCCUCGACUGCCUUUCAGAUGGCCAGGGGAUGACCCUGCCUGUGGGCGAGAGUUAUGAAUUACACGUGAAGUCUACACCCUGCCCUGAGACACUGGACGUGCGACUGGGCUUCAGCCUGUGCUCAGAAGAGCUGGAGUUUCUGCAGAAGCGGAAGGUGGUGGUGGCCAAGGCCCUGAAGCAGGUGCUGCAGCUGGAGGAGGACCUGCAGGAGGAUGAGGUGCCGCUGAUAGCCAUCAUGGCCACUGGGGGUGGAACAAGAUCCAUGACCUCCAUGUAUGGCCACCUGCUGGGGCUGCAGAAGCUGAACCUCCUGGACUGUGCCAGCUACAUCACUGGCCUGUCGGGGGCGACCUGGACCAUGGCUACCUUGUACCGGGACCCUGACUGGUCCUCCAAAAACCUGGAGCCGGCUAUCUUCGAGGCCCGGAGACAUGUGGUAAAGGACAAGCUACCCUACCUGUUUCCAGACCAGCUCUUCAAAUUCCAGGAGGAGCUACGGCAGCGCAGCCAGGAAGGCUACAGGGUCACCUUCACCGACUUCUGGGGCCUGUUGAUAGAGAGCUGCCUGGGGGACGAGAGAAAUGAAUGCAAACUGUCAGAUCAGCGUGCUGCUUUGAGCUGCGGCCAGAACCCCCUGCCCAUCUACCUCACCAUCAAUGUCAAGGAUGAUGUAAGCAACCAGGACUUCAGAGAGUGGUUCGAGUUCUCCCCCUAUGAGGUGGGCCUGCAGAAGUAUGGGGCCUUCAUCCCCUCUGAGCUCUUCGGCUCCAAGUUCUUCAUGGGGCGGCUGAUGAAGAGGAUCCCAGAGUCUCGAAUCUGCUACAUGUUAGGCUUGUGGAGCAGCAUCUUCUCCCUGAACCUGCUGGAUGCCUGGAACCUGUCACACACCUCGGAGGAGUUUUUCCACAGAUGGACAAGGGAGAAAGUGCAUGACAUCGAAGACGAGCCGAUCCUGCCUGAAAUCCCCAAAUGUGAUGCUAACAUCCUGGAGACCACGGUAGUAAUCCCGGGGUCAUGGCUCUCCAAUACUUUCCGAGAAAUCCUCACCUACCGGUCCUUUGGGUCUGAGUUUCACAACUUCCUGUCCGGGCUGCAGCUGCACACCAACUACCUCCAGAAUGGCCAGUUCUCCAAGUGGAAAGACACAGUGCUGGAUGGUUUCCCGAACCAGCUGACCGAGUCCGAGAACCACCUGUGCCUGCUGGACACAGCGUUCUUUGUCAACUCCAGCUACCCGCCCCUCCUUAGGCCAGAGCGAAAAGUCGACCUCAUCAUCCACCUCAACUACUGUGCCGGGUCCCAGACAAAGCCCCUGAAACAAACGUGUGAGUACUGCAGCGUGCAGAACAUCCCCUUCCCCAAAUUCGAGCUGCCAGAUGAUAAUGGAGACCUCAAGGAAUGCUACCUGAUGGAGAACCCCCAGGAGCCCGAUGCCCCCAUCGUGACUUUCUUCCCACUCAUUAAUGACACUUUCCAAAAAUACAAGGCACCAGGUGUAGAGCGAAGCCCCGAGGAGCUGGAGGAUGGCCAUGUGGAUAUUUAUGGUCCCAAAACUCCCUAUGCCACCAAGGAGCUGACAUACACGGAGGCCACCUUCGACAAGCUGGUGAAACUCUCCGAGUACAACAUCCUGAAUAAUAAGGACACGCUCCUCCACGCCCUGCGGCUUGCAGUGGAGAAGAAGAAGGGGCUGAAGGGCCGGUGUCCCUCCUAGGCCCCAGGGAGCCUCCCCUGCCCCGUGUCAGCUUCUACCGCCAGAUGUACAGGACCCAUCAGGACCAACCAGGCUACUACAAAGCCAGCUCUGCUCUCUGACAACGGGUUGCGAGCGGGUUGUCCUGGGCUUUCUAAUGAAAAAUAAAAAUUUUUUUAAAGUUGAGAAAGAGAGAGAGAGAGCAGCCCUGUUGGGGUUUUAUACCCACUGGAAUUUCUUUAAGUGCUUCCCUGUAGAGAAGGCAGUCUCGUAGCCACAGGCUCUCGCACAUCUGUGGAAAGGAAAGCAUGGGAAAGAGGCUGCGCACCCAGAAACCUCAACUCAGAGGUGGAGCCCAGGGCUGGCAGCCCUCCUCUCUCUGCCCUCCACCUUGUGUGGCAGGCCUAGAGAAAUGCACAGGAGGACCUGAGAGGCACUAUGCAUUACUCUGAAAAACACUUUAAAAUUUAAGGCAAUUCUAGUUUCAUGAUUUUUUUUUUAGACGGAGUCUUG